AUGGCAGCAGCACAAGCAGCUCACGGCGUCGAGAAAGCCAUUGGCCAUAGCGAAGAGCACGUUAGGCAGGACGCCUCGAGCUACGAGGGCAUCGGCGAGCCGGGUGCCACCAUGAAGGCGCUCGUCUGGCAGGGAAAGCAGAAGGUCGAAAUCCUCGACGUGGCCAAGCCCACCGUCCUCGACGACCGAGAUGUCAUCUUGAAAGUCACGGGAACCACCGUGUGCGGGAGUGAUCUGCAUCUGCUGCACGGUGUCAUUCUUCAGAUGAAGAAGGGCGACAUUCUGGGGCACGAAUUCUGUGGCGUGGUCGAGAGGGCUGGACCUGCCGUGAAGAACGUCAAGGUUGGCAACCGCUAUGUCGUGUCAUUCCAGAUUGCCUGCGGAGAGUGUUUCUUCUGCAAGCAGAAGCUGUCUUCGCAAUGUGAGGUGACAAACUCAAACACCACAGCCAAGUCCAUGUAUGGCGGGCGGACAGCCGGCAUCUUUGGCUACUCACAUCUUACCGGUGGCUUCGCUGGUGGCCAAGCAGAGUACGUGCGCGUACCCCUUGCCAGCGUCAAUCUUCUCGAGAUCCCCGAUGACGUCCCCGACGAGAAGGCGCUAUUUCUCUCGGACGUGCUGCCGACCGCAUACAACGCCGUCAAGGAUACUACCGUGUACCCGAAAGACGAGGUCGCCAUCUUUGGUGGAGGGCCCAUCGGCCAGAUGGCUGGCAUAUACGCCCUGGGCGAGGGCGCGAGCAAGGUCAUUUAUGUUGACACCGAGCCGCGCCUGUCUUUCCUCGAGAGCCGGUGGCCUGCUGAGCACAAGGACAAGCUCGUGCUAGUCGACUUCAAGAAGCUCAGCUUCGGCGUCACCAACAAGGAAACCGUUGUCAGCCGCCUCAAGGAGCUGUGCGGCGGUCGGGGCCCCGACGUGGCCAUCGAGUGUGCCGCGGGGGAGUACGCCAAGGGUUGGAUGCACUGGCUCGAGAUGCAGCUCGGCGCCGAGACGGACACGAGCGAGAUUCUCAACGAGAUGAUCGAGGGCGUGCGCAACUACGGCCGCGCAGGCAUCACGGGCGUAUAUGUCGGAUACACAAACCACUUCAACAUUGGCUCGAUGAUGCAGCGUGGAAUCCGGCUCAUCGGCAACGGCCAAGCGCCUGUGCACAAGUACUGGGAGGAGCUCCUGCAAAAGAUCAGGACGGGCGAGCUGGACCCCACGCAGAUGCUCUCCCACCGCGUCCGUCUGGAGGACCUCGACAAGGUCUACUACAAGUUCGACGCCAAGGAGGACUCGAUGCAGAAGGUCUUUGUUGAGACAAAGUUCUCCUUCCCCCGCGCCGCGGGCACGCCAGAGCUGACGACGUAUUAA